AUUUAUACUAUAUCUUCAUUUCUUUUCCUUCGAAAACCCUAUAGUUCUUUCCCCACGGCUCCUUUUUCCCUUCUGGCUCUAAGGUUUUCUUGGUCGAGUAGAUAAUGAAGGUGAUCGCAGCCUACUUGCUUGCCGUCUUGGGAGGGAACCUUUCCCCUUCUGCCGGUGAUCUGAAGGAUAUUAUCGGAUCUGUUGGAGCUGAGGCUGAUGAUGAUAGGAUAGAGUUGCUAUUGUCCCAAGUCAAAGGCAAAGAUAUCACCGAGCUAAUUGCAUCUGGAAGGGAGAAGUUGGCUUCAGUUCCUUCAGGUGGCGGUGCUGCCGCUGUCGCUGCACCCACAUCUGGUGGUGCUGGCGGCGGUGCUGCACCGGCUGCCGAGGCCAAUAAAGAAGAGAAGGUCGAAGAGAAGGAAGGGUCCGAUGAUGAUAUGGGUUUCAGCCUCUUCGAUUAAGCUUCUAUUAUGCAGUUUCUUUUAUUUUAAUUGGUAUAUGGUUUAGUAUGUUUGUUACUCUUGUUGGACACUGUUCUUUCAUCUUCAUUUAUGUUUUGAGUUUUCUUUGGAGCAUGCA